AUGUUACAUGAUGUAGAGGACACCUUUCUCACCUUACAAGACGCCUUUACAACGGCAAUACAGUUUUUUGCGAAGAGAAUUGUGCCACAUGGUGCUCCACUAACGGAGCAGCAGGCAGUGGAUAUACUUGACGUGUACGACACACUCCUUGGGGUAGAAACAGAUGGACAUGAUAGGCUCCAGCAGCAAAGAGAACUACAAGAACGAGAACAACAACAGCGUGCACAUGUCGCACGACUCUCCCUUGAAGGUCAUUUUGCCGCCCUUCUCGUCAAUAUCUUAUCACAACAUUUAUCACAUGUUCAUCCACAAGAUGCACAGCGGCAAGAACCAUUUCUUGCACUACGUAUGCGAUCCCUAUUGUCGCUACAGCGCCUACUCAUUGCUUGCAGUGAGUCCGGAAAUGUUAUCUCAAUGCUUUGCUUUCGUAUUGUGAUACAGGAUAGUUUGCUACAGCAGCUACUUCGAGUACUUGCAGAAUCCCCAUACGAACCACUGCGUGCAGGAGUCGGGGAGACGCUUUUCAUCUUCCUUGUGCGCAUUCAUGACGCCCCCACGGGUUUUGUAGGCUGUGGCGGGGUGGAGGCGAUGUGUCGGGCGGUUGUGGCUGACCGCAGUCCCGCCGUCCGCACAGUGUGUGCCGGAGUGCUGCGGGAGUUGGCGGAGACGCACGUGGAUGGUCUCGCCGGGCCCGCGGCGGUGGAGGCGUUGCGGCGCGCGCUGAGGGACGACGGGGCGGCGGAGGUGCGGGUCCUCGCGGCGGAGGUCCUCGAGCGGGUCGUCCACCGCCGGGCCGGUGAGGCCCUCCGCGACCCCCGCGCCCUCCUCGACGCCGCCCGCCGCGCCCUUCUCCCCGGAGAAGAAGGCAGUGGAGGAGUGGGAGUGGGAGUGGGACGCGGAGGACCCCCUGAAGCUCCUGCUGUCGCUGUGGAGACCCGCACGGACCCCGUCGCGCCGGUGGAGGCCGCCGCACGCCUUCUUGAGACUGCCACAGCAGCAGCAGCCGCGCAUCGUCUUCAAGAGUACUUCGCACACGUCACCACAGAAGGGAUGGUAGAGGCACUCCUCCAACGAUUAGGCAGUCAGAGUCAUUCUCACUAUCAACAUAAUAACGGCAACGCCGCACUCGCCCGAACAUUGCGAAUGCUGCUUCAGUACACACCUCCAACAUUCGCGUUACCAUGUCGAAUUCUACAGAAUCGUGAACUGCUAGCUAUACUUUUGAAAACUAUAGUUGACGCUGGUCGUGGUAGGACUAUUCCCGGUGAGGAUUAUGCUGCCUUUCAAAUUAAAAAUGUAGAACUGGCUCUUUGUUUCGCCAUUAUCGCUUCGCAGUCAUCCUCUUAUCGUGAGUACCUUUCAAAGGAAUUGUGUGACUACCCACAAUGGGGAACUGCAAUAAAAAAAUCUGUACUUUCUUUACUGAGUGCAGCUUCUCUAGACUACUUUACUAGUAUUGAACUGUAUGAUAUCACAGGGUUUCACCUUAAUAAAUUAAAUGGAGUUAACUGGGAUGUUGAUAAUACACCUCAAAAUGAAUAUGUGGUAAAAUUAUUUCAAGAUCAGGUCCGGCGUGAAGGAGCAAAACAGAAGAGUGUAAGAUCUGAGUAUCACACAUCUUUGUUCCCAGAAGUAGAAAUCGGUUUUGUUAAAGACCAGGAGAAAAAAGUACGUCUCACCUUUCUUAUUUUGUUUCAUGCAACCAACAUUACUUUUACUGUGGAUAACAAUAUGACAGCUGAGAUGAAGCCUAACUUCUCAGAGCUACACACAGGGAAGCGUAACACACUACGAUUCCGUCUGUCCUCACCAGCUGCACUAUCCAGCAAACAUUAUAAUAUGCAACAACAACAACAACAGCAGUUUGUGGGAAAACGUGAAAAUAUUCUCUCUCCAGAUAGCUGUUUUCACUCUAACUUACCCCUUAAGGAUCAGAGUACAGUGAUAAAUGAUGAAAUGGGGGCAAUGGCUAUUGCAUAUGAUAAGUUUAAUUCCUCCAUGUCUUUUGUACUAAAGUACACACAACAUUACAGUACAAAAAAACAAAAGGUCGAAGAUGUUGUAGAAACGAAAGACGGUUACGUUGUACAUUUAUCACGACUAAAAAAUCCAUGGCAUCCUAUUGUUGAAAAUCAAAAACUUAAAACAUGGCAAGUAAAUGAUCUGAAGGUAGGAGAUCUCUUUUAUUUCUCUUUACCAUUUGAUGAUAUAGGAACAGAUACCUUGAAUGCAGUUGUAUACAAAGCUCGCAAACACAUGGCAUAUAUAAAGAGGGAACUUCUUACUGCACCACAAAGUAACAAAGGUCGUAGAUGGUUUCUCCAUGACAUGAUGAAAAAUAUUAUGCCUAACAUGAUGACACUUCUUGAGGAGCUUAAAACUAUUGUACAAAAUUAUGGUGGAGAUUCUACUCGCUUCCCCAUAUUCCUUUUCCGUGAAAAGGAAUUACACUUUGGUGAACGUUCUCUACACCCAGGAAAUAUUGUAGAAGUAAUUGACCAAAUUCAAUUUUACUUUUCGCAGAAUGUAGAAGAAACUAUUGGUGUAAAUAGUGAACGUUUACUACAGCUUAGUCAACAACUAGAUAAUAUUGAAAAAAGUGUGAACAUAAACGCUGUAUUUGACGCAUAUUCACCCUCUGUUAUCCUAUGUGGUGCUGGUGAAAACGAAGAUGAUGGUGAUGAUGGUUAUGGACAUGGCACAAUCAGCUCUGAUUCUGAAAUAGGGAAUUAG